GGAAUUCUUUCUGCGCAAAACAAAGAGGAAACUAGGAAAAGCAGAGGCCACUAGGGAAGGGUUUAUUGCUUUUUGUUGUGUGUACUGAAUUGAAGAUAGAGAUUGAGUUGCAGACAUCAGAAUCUCGAUGUCCAGAGCCAUUUCUUUCCGUCCAUUUUUGCACCAUCCUCAUCCCAUCAAUGCUCCCAGAUUGCUUGUGAAAAUGUCAGCAGUUAGCACGAUCAGCAAUCUGGGAAAAGCUGUUGAGUCUCUGGCAGUGAAGCCGCCUGCUCACCCGACUUAUGAUUUGAAGGGUGUUAUUCAUCUUGCGCUUUCUGAAGAUGCUGGGGAUAGAGGAGAUGUGACUUGCAAGGCAACUAUUCCAGUUGAUAUGGAGGUGGAAGCUCAUUUUCUAGCAAAGGAGGAUGGGAUCAUAGCCGGGAUUGCACUUGCGGAAAUGAUAUUCGAUGAAGUUGAUCCUACAUUGGAGGUGGAGUGGUCUAGAAAGGACGGUGAUAAAGUUCACAAAGGCCUGCAAUUUGGCAAAGUACACGGAAACGCUCACAGUAUUAUCGUUGCUGAAAGGGUUGUGCUUAAUUUUAUGCAGAGAAUGAGCGGAAUUGCUACACUGACUAAGGCGAUGGCAGAUGCUGCUAAUCCGGCAUAUAUCUUGGAGACGAGAAAAACUGCUCCCGGCUUGCGUUUAGUCGAUAAGUGGGCGGUAUUAAUCGGUGGUGGCCGAAACCACAGAAUGGGUUUAUUUGAUAUGGUGAUGAUAAAAGACAAUCACAUCUCAACAGCGGGAGGUGUCAGUGAAGCUUUAAAAUCUGUCGACCAGUAUCUUGAGCAAAAUAGCCUUCAAAUGGGGGUUGAGGUACCCUUUUUUUUCCGGCUUCUUGAUAUUGAAACCCGGACACUUGAGGAAGUGCACGAGGUGUUACAAUUUGCGUCUAAAACAAAGACUUCAUUGACUAGAAUAAUGCUGGACAAUAUGAUCGUUCCACUGCCUAAUGGGGAUAUUGAUGUGUCCAUGCUCAAGGAAGCUGUAGAUUUGAUCGGUGGGAGAUUCGAGACCGAGGCUUCUGGAAAUGUUACCCUUGAGACAGUGCACAAGAUUGGGCAAACCGGGGUGACCUACAUAUCCAGCGGUGCACUCACGCAUUCUGUGAAAGCACUCGACAUUUCCCUGAAGAUCGAUACAGAGCUCGCCCUCGAAGUUGGAAGGCGCACAAAGCGAGCAUGACCGCACUCCUCGUUUUCAACGAACCGAUGCUAUAUUCCUUUGUAAUAAGUUGAUAGUCACAAGAAUGGAAUACAAAUAAGAAUUGGUCAUAUGAGCCUGCAAAGCAAAUUCCUUGAUAAUGUGCAAAUUGGCACAAAACCAUGACUUGUUUAAGAGUUACACAACUGUAGUGGCAAUUCUUCUUUUAAAAGUAUGAAAUGAAUGAAAUCUGCAGAAUUUUACAUUGCCAAAA